GUCUCGACAACAACAUCGCCAUUUUCAGCUCUAGAAGGGAGGCGGGGACGUCGAAAUCUCCCGCGGUACAGCAGAAGUAGGUCAACGAGCGAUAUCGCUGAGACAUACGCACUCAGGCUGCCGAGAAAACAACACGUAUUAACUGAAAUCUGCGCUUAUUCGUCUCUAAUGUGCGUGCUUUGCUCCAAUUCGAUGAUUUCAGAUUCCGGGCCCGGUUGACAUUCGGUCGAUUUAUCUGGUUUUGGUUUAUUUUUCACUGUUUGCGAGCUAGCUGGACGGAGAAAACACGAGUAACACGCAAAACAGUUCCCUCAGAUCCCCAACAAUGAAAAGGAGGUUGAGCAGAGAGCGCGAGGACAGCACCUCAUCCUGCGAGGGGCAGGCAGUGUCCUGCAAGAGACCGAAACAGCCCGCCGAGGACUCGGGAGAUCUGCAGUCCAACUGGGUUCGACUUCCCCAGGAGAUCCUGCUUCACAUCUUUCAGUAUCUGCCUCUUCUUGAUCGAGCCUUCGCGUCACAGGUUUGCCGGAACUGGAACCAUGCCUUCCAUAUGCCGGAGCUGUGGAGAUGCUUUGAGUUCGAGCUCAACCAGCCGGCCACCUCUUACCUGAAGGCCACGCAUCCUGACCUAAUAAAGCAAAUCAUAAAGAGGCACUCUAAUCACUUACAGUACGUCAGCUUCAAGGUGGACAGCAGCACAGAAUCAGCAGAGACCGCAUGUGAUAUCCUUUCUCAGCUGGUGAACUGCUCGCUCAAGACCCUCGGCCUGAUCUCUACUGCACGACCAAGCUUCAUGGAGCUACCGAAGUCUCACUUCAUCUCUGCGCUUACUGUGGUAUUUGUCAACUCAAAGUCUCUUUCCUCUCUGAAAAUUGACGACACGCCAGUGGACGAUCCUUCACUCAAGGUUCUAGUGGCCAAUAACAGUGAUACGCUCAAGUUGUUGAAGAUGAGCAGCUGCCCACAUGUUUCUCCUGCAGGUAUUCUGUGUGUUGCCGAUCAGUGUCAUGGUCUGAGAGAACUGGCUUUGAACUACCACCUCCUGAGCGACGAGCUCCUGUUGGCACUUUCUUCAGAGAAACACGUUCACCUGGAGCAUCUGCGCAUCGACGUGGUCAGCGAAAACCCCGGCCAGCAGUUCCACACCAUCAAGAAGAGCAGCUGGGACGCCAUGGUCCGCCAUUCGCCCAAGUUCAACCUGGUCAUGUACUUCUUCCUGUACGAGGAUGAGUUUGGGCCCUUUUUCCGGGAUGAGAUCCCAGUCACGCACCUCUACUUCGGGCGCUCUGUCAGCAAGGAGGUCCUGGGCCGCGUUGGCAUGAACUGCCCGCGUUUGGUGGAGCUGGUGGUGUGCGCGAAUGGUCUGCGGCCGCUGGAUGAGGAGCUCAUUCGUAUCGCAGAGCGCUGCCAGUUUCUAUCAGCCAUUGGACUGGGCGAAUGUGAGGUUUCCUGCAGCGCUUUUGUGGAGUUUGUGAAAAUGUGUGGCCGUCGGCUCUCUCAGCUGUCUAUCAUGGAGGAGGUGCUCAUUCCUGACCACAAAUACGGUCUGGAUGAGAUCCACUGGGAAGUCUCCAAGCACCUUGGACGUGUUUGGUUUCCAGAUAUGAUGCCCACCUGGUGACAUUUUGCAUUCGAAAAGUCAUCAGCCGUGGCACGGGACACUCCUAAUUUGGUAAUACGGACUUUUUGUUUUCACAGUUACUUCACAGGGUUUGUACAUAGAUUUGAUUGGAGAUUGAAAUUCCUUCUAUGUUAAUAAUGAAUGUGGACUGUGGUGUCAGGAGAAUUUCACCCAAAAAUUACAAUAAUGGUAUUUACUUUCCUAUAAGCUAUUGAGAAAAAAAAAAAAAGAAAAAACACAAUACACUUGUUUUUGUUCUAUAGUAGUCAUACAGGUUUGUGUAAUUGCACGAGGAUGAGUAAAUAAUGAGAUCAUUUUUAUUUUUGGGUGGACUAUCCCUUUAAUGUCUUGUUGUAACAUAUAUAUACCAGGCCUAUUGAGGUCACGAUCUUGUUAAAAUUAAAGUUAAAAUAUAUAAUUAUAUUUAAUUAUAUUUUGCAUCAAAAAUGCCAUUUUAGGACUAUUAUGUCAUUUAUUUGGUCAUUGUGUAAUUAUAUUCACUAUAUAUUUAUUAUGCAUUGAGUAAUUCUCAUUACUAUAACUAUUAUUAUUUUACAGAUCUAUUUUUACUACAACAAAAUACUACCAUGAUCUAUAACUUUUACGCAGACUUUUCACAGUGCAAUUUUGGGGCUGACAGGACACAAUACAAUACAAAUGGUAACUGUAUGGAGUCAGAUCAGUCUCAAAAAUAAUACAUUUACAAAAUCCAGUUUGUAAACUCAUAACACGAUUCAAAAACACACAUUCAGUUCGUAAAUUCAAAAGACGAUUCAAAAAUACACUAAUCUAAUCCGUAAAUUCAAAAGGCGAUUCAAAAAUACACAUCUAAUCCGUAAAUUCAAAAGAUGAGUCAAAAAUACACUAAUCUAAUUCGUAAAUUCAAGAUGAUUCCAAAAUACACAUCUAAUUCGUAAAGUCAAAAGACCAUUCUAAAAUACACAAAUCCAUUUCGUAAAGUCAAAAGACCAUUCUAAAAUACACAUCUAAUUCGUAAAUUCAAAACGCGAUUCACAGAUACACAAAUCCAGUUUGUAAAUUCAAAAGAUGAUAAAAAAAUACACAUCCAAUUCGUAAAUUCAAAAGACCAUUCAAAAAUGCAUAAAUCCAAUUCUAAAAUUUAAAAUAUGAUUAAAAAUACACCUAUCCAAUUUGUAAAUUCAAAAGACGAUUCUAAAAUACACUAAUCUAAUUUGUAAAUUCAAAAAACGAUUUAAAAAUGCACAUUUAAUUCAUAAAUUCAAAAGACAAUUAAAAAUACACAAAUCCCCUCUCUCAUUUGGCGAAAAUAUACUGUGUUCACAAAGUGUGUUGUAUUUAUGAAUUGUGUUUUGAAUUUACAAAUUGGAUUUAAUACAUUUGAAUUGUGCUAUGCAUGUUUGAAUUUUUUUUUUCGUAAAUGUAUUAUUUUUUGACUGGUCUGGCUCUAUAGUAAUUGUCCACCCCCCACCCCCCUCCCCACAAAAAGGUUAAGCUAACUUGUAAUAAAGUAGCUUUUAAUUUUUAUUUUUAAAGUUUAUUACUGUCUUUUUGGAAACUCUUGUUUCCAUUUAAACAUUUUCUCUAAAACCAAAAAUAGGACUGUUGGACACAAUGUAGGGCUGCACAAUUUUGGAAAAAUCUGAUAAUGCGAUAUGUUUACAGUUUCACCAGAUGGUUUGAAUAACUCAAUUUGAUGAUUUUCUGGGGAGUCUAACAAUAAUAAGGUAAUUGACUAAUCAAUGCAAAAAAAUGCUUUUCUUACUCUGCCUUGUCUUGUUUCUAGUUCAAAUAUCAAAUAAUUCUUACAUCAAAUAAUAAUAUUGUUUUGUUUUCACCUUCAGAAGAAAAAAGGCAAAAUAGGGAAAUAAAAACUAGUUAAAUUAUCUGCCAGUGGAUUAAAAUAAUCUUGUUUUUGCUUUGAAAUGUAGACAUUUGGACUAGAAACAUUAACGUUUUUACAUAAUUCAUAUAAGUUCCGUAUAAAUAGAAUAAUUAAAUACAGUUAAAUACUGUAAUUAAAUACAAUUAAAUACUGUGACUUCGGGUCAACUAUAAUCAAGACUCAACAUUGCAUCUCUGGCAAUGUGACUAUUGCAGAUAUCCAUGCUGAAACAAUAUAUUGUGCAGCCCAACACAUUGUACUAUGUAUACAUGUUACAUUUGCACCACUUUUAUUUUAAUUUUUAUUAGAAACAAUUGUUUAAAAUCAGACUUUUCAGAUAAGCUAAUAUUCAUAUGCAGAUGUAUUUACAUUAAUGGACUCUUUGUCAUUUGGACAUUAAUAUCUUUGUUGAUAUUGAUGUUUCCAGCAGAUGUUAAUCUACAUAAUUCACUUUUUCUCUGCUGUGUCUCUGUUCUCAGUGGCUUAUCAUUGACCAUCUUCUAUUCAGUCAUUCUUUUAAACCACAAACAAUGUUGUGUUCAUAAGAAUUUAAGCUACGAUUGAAUUAAUCCAACCACACAUUUUCCAAACUCAUUUUUUAAGCUAGGGUGACUGAUUUUGGAGUCAUGCUGGUGGAUAUGAUGACCGGUUAGUUCCAGUUCUCACUAGUAAUCUUCAGCAGCUCCUCCUGGUGGCUAGGAAAGCCAUAACACUUUAGUGAGAGUGCUUAUUCCUCUCACUUGAAAGUGUGCUGACUUGGUUAUGUAGAUAAUUAACUCUUUUAUGUAAUUAAUACUUUUGUACAAAAAAAAUAUGUAUAGUUGAGGAUAAUAUGCACCUUAUACCAUACCAAAUGAAAAGAAUGGAAAGCAAAUAAUUGUUUUUAUUUCGAUGUAGCAAGAUCAGGGCUUAAUUUGUACCCAAACAAGCCGGAUCUAGCACCUCAUUUAACCGAUUCCCCUCCUCACAUGGACCCCAGCCCCGCCCAUCACUUUCUUCCAUGACUCCCCAAACUUCUUCAAUUUAGUCAGCGACAGUCGAUCCCCAUCACCCCCUCUAGCACUCACUUCUUGUAAUCUCCCUCCUCUGGUAACAAGCCAGAUCCGUUACCCCGAUCUGUUCUGGGACCUCGCAAUUUACCAAUUAAGCACUAAGCAGGAUGGAGGGUGCGGAAUGACAUUUUCAGGGUCUUAAGUAUGUUGGAGAGGAAGGAAAUGAAAGGAUCUGUGAUUAGCUCACAACACACACACGUCCUCAGAUUAAGAAAGAUACAAUGAAGCGUUGAUUGGUUUCUAUUAGAUUGCAUGAAGAAUGUUGUGAAUGACAAACCGAACAGAAUGGAACAAUGAAUGAAUUCGUCUGGAUAUGCAAACAAUGUUCGCUUUUCGGCCUCUUCGGUGGUUACCCCUUUCGUUUCAGUUCAAUAUGUAUUGGAGUGAAGCAGAGAAAACCUUUUCCUUUAAGAAGGAAGCCCCAUGUGUCUGUAUAUAAAAUGCUGUGUGUUUUGAUGUAAAUAGGAAUACCGGUUUCUCUUGCACCCUCUGUGGAGGUUUGAAGUGUAUUUUGUGCUGAUUUCUUAUUGAUGAGUGGAAAAUUUUCCUUGAUGGAUUCCUAUAUCCUUGUAAUUAGAGAUGAUCAUUAGCGUAAUUUAUUUAUAUGCUGUUUUAUUUUCAUUUAUCGCUUGCAUCGAUAGCUUAACUUAUAAAACUUAAUGCUUCUUGAUGAUUUAUAUACAUAUUAAGUAUCACGUUUAUUAAAAGUAGCAGUUUUCAUGCAGAAUAAUGCUUAAAUGAUCAAAAACUAACCCAAAAAGGGAAGCGGCAGCAGCUUAACUGUUCACAUACAAGUGUUAUUUUAUUAAAAUAAGAAUGAAGCUUAAGUUUUAGUCUUGAUUUAACUCAGAGCCAUUUAAAACAGCAUCAAACCAAGUGCUUAUGUAUUUGUUUUUCUGAAGCAAGUGAGCAUAUUGCUUGUAUUGCGAAUAUGAAAUAAUCACAUUUAUUUUGAGCUGUACAAACACGAUUAUAACAUAUUGUCGUUUGUUGAAUUAAAUAAUGGCAAAUAAACAUUUGUGCAGA